AAAAUUAUUUAAACAAAUAGCUUAAAAAUGUACUACAUGUUUCAAAGAUUCCCAUGUCAAAUAAACAGUAUUAUUAGAAAACAGGCAUAUUCGCGUUGAAUAGGAAUGGAUGAGUUGAAAUGACAACAGUUAACUUUUCGGAUGUGAUCGUAAAAUGUUUUCACUUUAUUGAGUCCCGUUUAGUUUAAAAAAAAAAAAACAAUUCGGUUACAUGCUGCACUGUUUUGCAGCCCUCGUUUGAUAAAAAAAAAAAAAACCAAGGCCACGGGGGAAACUAAUUUCGCGGUGUCUGAGAAAUCGCGAAUUGGGCUCCACACGCACGCAGAGAGCUCCUUCUGGUUUCUGAGACUCGGGAUACCCUCCCCAAGAUCUUCGCAAGAUGGAGCGCUACUUAAGCCGCCGCGAAAGUGGCUUCCACAUCCACCGCGGAGACGAGAACUUCGUGAUGCGGCGGAUCUACAGCUCGAUGAAUAUGUUCAACAGCUACCACGCCAACUGCAAGCCCACAGAGGCGGGGCGCACUGGGGCAAUCUUCAACCUGGAGUUCAAUGCCGACGGCAACGUCGUUGUGGCCGCCACCGAGCGAAAGUGCGUUCUGGUCUUCGACGCCAUUACACAAAAGGAGAUCUGCAAGGUACCAGACGCCCACUCGGAUAGUGUUAACUGCAUCAAAUUCUUCGAUGAGCGUUUAUUCGCCACUGGUUCCGAUGACUUUACUGUUGCCAUUUGGGACCUAAGAAACAUGAAGCAGAAGCUGCGGAUGCUCCACGGACACUCGAAUUGGGUAAAAAACAUUGAGUACUCCUCUAAGGACAAACUGCUCGUCAGUUCCGGCUUCGACGGCAGCAUCUUCACCUGGGACAUCAACUCGCAGACGGAACAGGGCCUUAUCUCGCAGCGCGUUUUUCACGCCAGCGGACUGAUGCGCUGCCGAAUCUCGCCUACGGGCGACAAGUUGGUCCUCUGCACCAGCGGGGGCUAUAUUAUGAUCAUCCACAAUCUCGACCUAACCACGCUGCACAAGGAUCUGUGCGGAUUCAGGCCCGGAAUCUACCGUUUGAUGCAGCUGGGCGAACAGUACAUCCCGCAGGCUGCCAAGUACGACCACGUCUUCUCAAAGCGCCAGAAGAAAAACCGCGUCGAGCUGGUCACCGACUUCCCGGAGCACAACGAUGCCGAGAUGAUCAUGGCCCUGCAGAUCCACCCGCAUUGUCGCUGCAUGCUGACCCGCAACGUCAGCUGCGACGAGCAGAGCGAGUGGACCUGCAUUCAUGACAUCAACGAGGAGCCGGUGCGCAGUGAGGAUGACCCCGAGGAGACAGAGCCGCAGCCAAAGCGAAAGCGAGUGUCCGCUAGCCGCAGCGCAUCGAGCGAUCCCUCACAGGACCGCGAUACGGAUGGGCUGCCACCCAGACAACCGCGACUGCGCAUGGGUACCGUGCAGGUGUUCCACCUGGACAACGCAGCCUCGGGCCGACUGGGAUCCGGCAACGCCCCCGCAUCGCCGCGAGCGGACACCUUCAUACCGGACAUUUGGGCUGCGGAGGUCACGGUCCAGGAGCGGGCCAUCCGACAGAGCCGGGCGCGCAACUCCAACAACCCGGUGAGCGGCUACAACUUUGUGUACGCAAUCAGCAGCGGCGUGCUCCCGCUGCGGCCUUCGGUGGCCAGUCGCCUGAUGGUCAACAGCAGCUCUAACCGACUGCCAAGUACUCCGCCGCCUUCAGAUAGCAGCAAUUCCAGUAGUAGCAGUUCCAGCAGCAGCAGCUCCAGUAACAGCGACACCACGGUGCGACUUGAGAUUGGCCAUCGCGUUCGUCUGCGACCUCUGAUGACUAGCAACGCGGCAGCGGCUACGUCCAAGGAGAACGGUCACUCCAUUCUGGUGAACGCCAAGAAGUUGCUCUACUAUGCAGCCGAGACGAACACCAAGCCGGGCUUCAUCAAGGAGCCGGGAUUCUCAGCGGACGGGCGGAUAGUGUGCUCGCCGUAUGGCAACGGGGUGCGUUUACUUGGCUACAGCGAUGACUGCUGCGACUUUCCCCAGUCCCAGGCCUUCGAGGAGGUGAAGCGCAAUCCCCGGAAGCUGGUCCAGCUGGCUAAGAUCACCGAACACCAGGACGUCGUGCUGUGCGCCAAGUUCAGCCCCCGCGAACCGCUCUUAGUAACGGGCUGCAACGGCGGGGAGGUGACCUGGUACCGCCCCAACCUCUAGACUUAAGUUGAGCCCGCGAGUCCUGUCGCACUGUAAAUUUACUUUAUUUUUAGGCAUACUUUGACUUAUCCCCAUCGAAAAUGGGUAGCAUGAAAUACAAGCAGCAGAUAAUUAUGGUGAACCGA